AGUCAGAGCCGCCGCCGCCGCCGUAGCGCUCGGAGCUCGCGCUGCCCGCGUCGCCGUCGCCGCCGCCGCCGCCGCCGCCGCCGCCGCCGCCCUUGGCGCGUCCCCGCCGCGCUCCGUCUCCGCAGCCGGCCCGGGGCGCGCUCGCCGCUCGGGGCAGAGUCCCCGGCCAUGGCCACCAGGAUUGACAAGGAGGCGUGCCGCGAGGCGUACAACCGGGUGCGCGACGACGGCUCGGCGGUCAUCUGGGUGACUUUCAGAUACGACGGCGCCACCAUCGUCCCCGGCGAGCAGGGCGCGGAGUACCAGCACUUCAUCCAGCAGUGCACGGAUGACGUCCGGCUGUUUGCCUUUGUGCGCUUCACCACUGGGGACGCCAUGAGCAAGAGGUCCAAGUUCGCCCUCAUCACCUGGAUCGGCGAGAACGUCAGUGGGCUGCAGCGCGCCAAGACGGGCACGGACAAGACCCUGGUGAAGGAGGUGGUGCAGAAUUUCGCGAAGGAGUUCGUGAUCAGCGACCGGAAGGAGCUGGAGGAGGAUUUCAUCAAGAGCGAGCUGAAGAAGGCGGGGGGCGCCAACUACGAUGCCCAGACGGAGUGACCGCCCUGCGGCCUGGGGCCGCGGCCACCAGGACAGGACGGCCGGAGGCACGCCCACCGCCUGGGUCUGCAGCCCAGGCCCUCCGAGUCCCCUGCUGACCCCGCUGUGUCCCGUCUCUCGGCUGCUCAUGGGACCUCUUUCUUUGAUCUUUUUUCCUCCCUCUUCUUUUCCUAGAGAAACAUCUGUUUGACGCUGAGGUCAUGCACAUAUCCGCCCCAGGUGCCUCCCAGGGUGGCCCCGGUCCCUGGGCUUUCUCUCGUGCUCCUCAUUGCCCCCCAGUCUAAGCACCGAGGCCCCGAGUCGCUUCUGGGCUGUCGUGUGCCAUUUUGGUUUCCCUAGGCCUCCUGCUUCCUGCUAGGCUGCUGCUGCGCCGGAGGCUGCUGUAGCCUCCCUGAGCACACACAUCGGCCCUCAGUGGGUGCAGAGCUCCUGGACAUGCUCCCGGGCCCAUCCACCCCUGCCCGAAGCUGCAUGGAGACGGUGCUGCUCGGUAGUGCAGUCUGGCUCGGACCAAGUGAGAAAUGAUAACAUUUGCCUUAACACGUGCCUGGCAGUAACUUGGCCAUUCGUCUUGGGGCUGAAACCUCCGGGAGCGAGGAGACGGCUGAGGCUGGGGUGACGGAGGAGCGUUUCCAGGCUGACCUCGGGGCCCCCCGAGGGACAGGGGAGGGCCAGGUGGCCGCGUGGGGCCCGCUGCAGCGCUGGCUUUGCUGCGUUGGAGGAGCCUGGGCGGCUCGGCUCCUGGCGGGACACCUUCUGGGGUUCAGUUUCCUUUACUCCCCGCCCCUCGUUUCAGGAAGAAGUUCGUGCUUUGGGCGGUGCCGCCCGGCUCUGGCUCCAGACAGUUUACAGGAAUAAAUGUGUUGUGUUUUUAGAAAACAGA